UCUGUCCUUUUAAUAGGUGCUGCAGGACCACCAAACUUGGCUCAAUCCAUUAGCGGUUGUCAGUUCACCCUGUAAUCAGCGAGACCGCCGGAUAUUAUUAUACUCUCCUGAACUGAACCACACCAUCCUGCGCAAAAUGUCUGCAGACAAUCGAUACAUGUAUCACAAUCCCCAAGGGAUGCCCCCGUCUUACGAGUAUCAGCCUUAUCCAACGUCUUCGUACGAGCCAGCACAGAUAUCCCAAGCCCCCGUGCGAUCCAUCAGGUCAAGCUCGUCCCAAUCCCAUUCUCCCCACCAGCAAACUACAUUUGCUUCUCCUACAUCGUCGUAUCCGCCUCCAACUUACGCUGCUGCUUCGUAUACUGUGGCGCAGUCCCACCAGCCACAAUGGACAGGAGAGAACUGGCCAACAUACAAUCAAUCUUAUCCUCAGCAGCAGCCAAUGGACAUGGCGUUCAACCCUGGCCCUGGACGCCCAGAGGCAAUAGCUACCGUUUCCAGUACAGAGAAUAGACCAUACGGUUCUGGUCCAGUCAGCCAACCCAGCCCAGAGUUUCGUCGCAAUGAAGAGAGAUAUGUACCUCCUGAACCGUUGAGCUCUCCAACUCAAUCAAAUGAUAAGCGGCGGGAAAAAGGGUCGCCGCCCAUUGCCAAUAUGCCGGUAGUACCAAUCGGGCUCGAUUUCAUGAAGCUAUUGGAUUCCUAUCGGCUUAUCAUCGAUGCUUCGAGUAGUCUAUCGAAUAAUUCGUCUACCUCACAAGGACGGCCACCUCCAGCUGAGACCACGGAACGUAUGCUCCAGUCCGCAAACUACGGGAUGCAAAUGCUAGAAUCUGCAAUUAUACCAUCAAAUGUUGAGCCCAAGCCAGUUACAAAUCGCGAAGAACCUAAAGAGACUGCGGUGAAUUCCAAAAAACAGAAACCCGAAGAUCAGGUGCAAGAGGGCCAGACAUGUCUGGGCUGCAACGCUACUUCCACCCCCGAAUGGCGCCGAGGACCCAUGGGUCCUCGAACCCUGUGUAAUGCAUGCGGGCUUGUCUAUGCCAAGCUCAUCAAGAAGAGGGUACGAGAUAGUGGGAGGGCAAAAGGCGGCAACGAUAAUGGUGCGCAGGGUCAGGGUUCGCAGAACAACGGUGACGAAGGGUUUGCGUCGAGCGGCGAGGGAGGGAGUGAGGAUGAGGAGUCAUACGGCUCACAAGAGCGACCCAGUGAUUUUGAGGAUCAAGGUCGCCGGGGCUGAUUCCAAGUCUGUAAGAUUUUCUUAUUAUCUUGUUAUCCCAAGUCUAUGGUCCUUCCACCUCCUUCGUUGUUAUGCGUUUUUUGCUGGUACUUGUUUGCAGCCUACAUGUGUAUACUAGAGACUUUCAUCCACAUUUGACCAGGCUAUCAUAAGCGGAUGCGACAGGCAUAGGGAUGUAUAUUUUGGAGUCUUUGGCCCAGAACAUCAUCGAUGCCAUCACCCGCCGCGGGCCUCUUCAGCAGACCAGCUGACCCAAGAAGCUCAAAGCAAAGUCGUAAAGGUUGUUCGUAACUCUAUAACGUAAUUUUUACGUGAAGGUCUCACGAGAUUACUGGUGACAUAUUGAUGGCUUGCUCCUUAUAGGACAUGAUGAUGGAAUCAUAUGCCAGUCACGGUGAUAACCCUGUAACCUGUUUGCAUGGCUCCGCAAUUAGAGCGAAGAGAUUAUGUCGAGACAACACAAUUCUAUUAACCCGUGUACGACUAGUCAGCACGAAUGGUUCGCCUGCCUGACAAGUGAGGUUGCAGUCCAGCGAAUCGGAUGCCCCACUUUGAAGAAAUUUGUUUCCCAUGGUGCACCAAGCUACCAAGCUCCGCGAAUAUCUCCUCAGUUGAGCAACGGAGCUACUUUAUCACGAUGGUCAUUUCUGAAACCCUCUCAAAAUGCGGUGAUAUAUAGCGGCAGCUAGAAAACAGGAGUCAUACACAGUCGUGUCACGUAUGUUCGAGUAAGCUAUAUGUAGUUUUUACACAAUACGUACUCCUAUCCCAGUCGUGUGUACCACGAAGUAUCCACGUUUGUGAUUUUCUAAAGGUUUCAUCAGAUGAGAUAUGAAUCUCUGUAUCCAUACUAUAAAGCUAUCUAUGCUGCGCUUUGAAUUUACUGAUUUGGGCUUGGGGUUUCAGUCAUUAUCCAGCCUAUCACAGUAGCUGAAUAUUUGAAUGUAUAUU